CUCUUUUUCUCUCCCCAUUUAGCGGCCUAAACUUGGCACCAGUGGCAAGACUGAGAACUACCUGGGAAAAACUUCCCAAUAAAUAUGAAAAGCUAUUCCAGGACCUACAAGACCUAUUUGAUCCUUCCAGAAACAUGGCAAAAUACCGAAACGUCCUGAGUGGCCAGAACUUACAACCUCCUGUAAUCCCCCUCUUCCCCGUCAUCAAGAAGGACCUCACAUUCCUCCAUGAAGGAAAUGACUCUAAAGUAGACGGAUUGGUCAACUUUGAGAAACUAAGGAUGAUUGCAAAAGAAAUCCGUCAUGUAGGCCGAAUGGCCUCAGUCAACAUGGACCCUGCCCUUAUGUUCAGGACUCGGAAGAAGAAGUGGCGGAGUUUGGGGUAAGUGGCAGAGCAUUUGCACACUUGGUU